UUGCCUCGCCUCUCAGGCUGUGCCCCGCCUCUUGUGGCGCCGGAGAGAUGGCGGAGCUGGACAUUGGGCAGCACUGUCAGGUGGAGCACUGCCGGCAGCGAGGUGAUCGGAGAGCUCCCAGCCCGCAUCCCCGGCCGCGGGAGACAGGGGCUCCGCUUUGGCUCCGCGGAUGGUGGCGGCGGAUUUUCUUCCAUUUGUAUGUGGUGAUUGUUCAGGAAUAUUUUGCCUUGAACACAGAAGCAAGGAGUCUCAUGGUUGUCCUGAGUCUUUCAAAAUCUUUUCUUCCUGUAAUGGAGUAUUUGCUGGUGACUGUAAGCAAUGAGAGACUAAAGACAGAUCAACAUACAUCUUACCCGUGCUCAUUCAAAGACUGUGCUGAAAGAGAACUUGUGGCAGUUAUAUGUCCUUAUUGUGAGAAGAAUUUUUGCCUGAGACACCGUCAUCAGUCAGAUCAUGAAUGUGAAAAACUGGAAAUCCCGAAGCCUCACAUGGCUGCCACUCAGAAACUUGUUAAAGACAUUAUUGAUUCUAAGACAGGAGAAACAGCAAGUAAACGACGGAAAGGUGCCAAAAAUAGUGAAACAGCUGCAAAGGUUGCAUUGAUGAAAUUAAAGAUGCAUGCUGAUGGCGAUAAGUCAUUGCCACAGAUGAGUAAUCUGAAGUUAAGUAUUUUUGAGAGCACUAACUUGACAGAGAGAAUUUACUUUCAGGUUUUCUUACCUAAAGGGAGCAAGGAGAAGAGCAAACCCAUGUUCUUUUGCCACCGAUGGAGCAUUGGAAAGGCCAUAGACUUUGCCGCUUCCCUAGCCAGUCUUAAAAAUGACAAUAACAAAUUAACAGCUAAGAAAUUAAGGCUGUGUCACAUUACUUCAGGAGAAGCCUUACCUUUGGAUCAUACUUUGGAAACCUGGAUUGCUAAGGAGGAUUGUCCUUUGUAUAAUGGUGGAAAUAUAAUCUUGGAAUAUCUUAAUGAUGAAGAACAAUUUUGUAAAAAUGUUGAAUCUUACUUGGAAUAAUCAUUCAAGGAUUCAAGUCAGAAAUCACAAGGAAAAUUCUAUUACAUGUUUAAGUCCAUUUCUUUUACUACACAUACUAUUUGUUUUAAUUUUUUAAAGUUGCCUUUUAACUUAUCUCCCACUUACAUCACAUUUUAGUUAUGAGUUUUCUAUUAAAUUAGAGUGUUUUGGUCUUAA